AUGAGCACAGAAGGUAAAAAACAAUCAGCCAAAAAAGAUGCCGCUCUUCAUUUAUUUCUUGAAGCCUGAAAAGAACGAGAAGAAGAGCAACACUCCCUCAAAGAGCAAGAAGCAUUUACGCUAAAUCUAGAAAUCAGCAAAUUAACCAAAGAGCUAGAAAAUAUCAACAAAAAUAUUAACGAGCUUGUAAUAGAAAACGCUCAACUAAAAUCCAGAUAUAACUCAGCCGCAUCAGAAAACAAAAAACUUGAGCAAUUCAAAGCAUAAUUAAAUAUGGCGUCUAUGCCAACGUACUUAGAGCACAUAUUUAAUUAUAUCCCGCAAGGUUUUAUCAUCCCAGAAAUGGAUAGCAUGCUAGGUAAGCAAUUCUUGAUGGAUCAGGGUCUAGCCUAAGUCCGCUUUCAAAUAUGGAUUUUACUUCAAGAGCCGGGUGGUGCAGAAGUUGGAAUCGGGUCGCCUAGCAAUGUCUAGGGCAAUGCCUAGACCAUUCCGGCUCUUCACCAGCGUGAAACAGAAGUUACGCCCUGUGCUACGUGUUUCCUCUUUUUGCCGAGAUUCGAUCAGAAAUUUCAUAUUUUUGGGGGAUUUUUGUGUGGACAACCUUUGUUUUCCCACCCAACUGUCUCAAGCAAGGCUGGCAGGGAGGAGAUACUGCCAUCCCUGGUGAGGGCGCAUUCGCAAGCGGUAGAAUCUCCCGUAUCGGAAAUCCUCAGCAAUUUUCAUAAAAAUUAGGGCAAGAGCCUGCUAAUAAGUUAAGUUAAGAUCAAUUCAAAGCAAAUCUGUUGAAUUCAAUUCAAGAUCAAGAAGAUAGGCCAUCACUUGAUUUUACUCCAAGCGUUCCACAAAGCCCACUGCUAAAUUUCAGUUCAUUAACCCCACGUGAUAGACUUAUUGAUGGAAAACGAUUUUUUGCAGAAUCAAAAUCAAGGCUUUCAUAUGAAAAUUUUUCAAAAUUAUUGUCAUAUGUAAAACAAUUUAAUGAUAAAUUUGUAGGGAGAGAACAACUGCUGAGUGAAGUUAGCACAAUAUUUGGAAGGGAAAACAGAGACCUUUAUGAGAAUUUCAGUGCGUUAUUAUCUCGGACUUCUGAGUAG